UACUGAACCGCCCCCAAGUUGCGAAGAUACGCCGUCCGGGUAGUCUUUCCCGGAAAUGACGCUAGUCCCGCCCCUGAGGAAGUGACAACAGAGUGCCCUUGACGGGCAGGCCGGCUGGGCUGUACGUCCCUCCGCUCUAGCUGCCGGGAGAUGGCUCAGCGGCUUCUCUUGAGGAGGUUCCUGACCUCAGCCAUCCCCAGGAAGCCCCCUCAGAGUGGGUGGACUUCCCUCACCUCUAGAGCCCUGCAGACACCACAGUACAAUCCUGGUGGUCUGACAGGAACAUUCGGCCCAGCCCGAACAUUAUACACAACCAGAGUCUGCUCAACAACCUUUAAUGUCCAGGAUGGACCUGACUUUCAAGACAGAGUUGUCAACAGUGAAACACCAGUUGUUGUGGAUUUUCAUGCACA